AAAAAGAGACGACAACGAUGCAGUAAGUCAGUGUAGUAAGGCACUUGGACACUCCAGCAACAACAUUAAAUUUUCUGUCGGUUGUGUUUCACAUUGCGUUCUUCAACUUGGCAACUAUGGCCAACUGCGCCGCAAUGAUGCUGCUGGCAGUUGUUUCCUUGAUGGCUGGAAAAGCCAUAGGUGGACCGAUGGGCUCAUCUUCCGGGUAUUACACGAGUCAAGCGCCAUACUACACCACGACGUAUGCAGCCCCCAGCUACUACACCACCAAGGCUCCGGAGUAUUACACGACAACAUAUGCUGCCCCCAGCUACUACACCGAGGCGCCCAAGUACUAUACGACCAAGGCACCCGAAUACUACACCACAACGUAUGCUGCUCCGGCCUACUACACUGAACCCCCGAAGUAUUACUCGGCUCCAAGUUACUACGCAGAGGCACCAGUUUAUUCCACCACAACAUACGCUCCUCCAAGCUACUACACCGAGGCACCCAAAUACUUCACAACAAAGGCACCGGAGUACAACAGAGCUCCCAAGUACUAUGCUGAGCCCAGCUACACCACCACCACUGUUGCAUACUACACCACAACGGAAGUAGCUAAGUACUACGUAGCUCCGACUUACUACGCUGGAACUUCCCAAUCUUACUACAGUGAGCCCACAUACUACACCGAGGCUCCACAGUACUACUCUGCUCCGUCUUACUACACCACGGUUGCGCCAUCUUACUACACCGAGCCCAGCUUUUACACAACCUAUGCUGCUCCGGCAUCCUACCCCGAGGCUCCAAAAUAUUCGGCUUCUAGUUAUUACACCGAAGCUCCGGUUUACUACACCACAUAUUCCAAACAAAGCUACUACACCGAGGCUCCACAGUACUACACUGCCACUUCUUAUUAUACCACUAAGGCCCCGGAGUACUACGCAAAGGAGAAGGCCGAAUACUACCCUACUACUUAUGCUGCUCCAGCUUACUACACUGAAGCUCCAAAGUUCUAUCCGGCCCCAAGUUACUACACCACCAAGGCUCCCGAGUACUACACCACCAAGGCUCCCGAGUACUACACCACCCCAUACGUCGCCCCCAGCUACUACAGCGAAGCUCCGAAAUAUUAUUCAGGUCCCAGCUACAGAACUGAAACACCAAAGUAUUACAAAUAGCUCCGAAGAUUUUAAUCAGAUGGUUCGAAAAUCAAUGUUUGUUUUAUUUUUGUUACACGGUAGACGUUACACAAUAUAAUGGUAUCCGCUA